UCUUCCUGUGGAGAUGUCGAUUACUGGAAUAGCUUUCGCUAUCUGUGUUUAUUUCUGGGUCGGUACCAAACAGUUUUGAUGAAUAAACAGCUAUGUAAUUUAGCUGUUUGCUUGUGUGACUCACUGAGGCUCAGAUCAUGUCGCACUUUCUUUUGGUAAAUGUGUCGUGAGAGAAAUAAUCGUAUAGUUGUGACACCCGAUUACAGAAGAACACAUCUUCGAGGUUAAACCGAGCUUGGGGCAUGAUGUAUUUUGGUGAAAAGGUGUCAAUUGCAGAAUACAGCACAGCGUCAUCCUGGAGUUGACGCUAGAAAAUUAAGUUGUAGGUAUGGCCUCCCAGCGUCACCCGUUUUCCUCCCCAUCGGUGUCCUCCAGCGCUUUUUGCCGCGUGAAGAAGGUAAAGGUGGAGAGCUGCAUGUGGGAUGUGACGAACCAGUCGGCCGAUAGAAAAUACUUCCUGCCCUGCCCCACUCAGGGAAACGCUGCUCCCUCCACGGCCUCUGGCUUCAACCCGGCCUAUGGCUCCGCCAAUUUGAAUUUCCGUCCGGCGGGGGGUUCCAGGGGUCAUGUGGUGGUGCGUGCUGCAGACAGCACCGGGAGCCUGCCGGGGCCCUCCUCCUCUUCUUCGUCGUCCUCCUCCUCUUCGUCCAGCUGCCGGGUCAACGACCCCUCCCCGAAGCAGGACCUUUACGGGAAGCAGAGCGGCCUGAAGCGCAAGCGUGAGGAGGUGGAGAGCAGCGACAGCGUCCAGAUCCUGGAGGAACUCUCCGCCCCCGUGCCCUCCAACCGGGGCGGUGGGGGCGGGGCCACCGCCCAGUCCAUCGCCCACUCGGCCUCCACCGCCAAGAGCAGCAACUCGCACAGCGAGGGCGACUACCAGCUGGUGCAGCACGAGAUCCUGUGCUCCAUGUCCAACAGCUACGAGGUGCUGGAGUUCCUGGGCCGUGGAACCUUCGGCCAGGUGGCCAAGUGCUGGAAGCGCGGCACCAACGAGAUUGUGGCCAUCAAAAUCCUGAAGAACCACCCCUCUUACGCCCGCCAGGGGCAGAUCGAGGUGAGCAUUCUGAACCAGCUCAGUGCGGAGAACGCAGACGAGUUCAACUUUGUGCGCUCGUACGAGUGCUUCCAGCACAAGAACCACACGUGCCUGGUGUUCGAGAUGCUGGGCCAGAACCUGUACGACUUCCUGAAGCACAGCAAGUUCAGCCCGCUGCUGCUCAAGUGCAUCCGGCCCGUGCUGCAGCAGGUGGCCACCGCCCUGAUGAAGCUGAAGAGCCUGGGCCUCAUCCACGCCGACCUCAAGCCCGAGAACAUCAUGCUGGUGGACCCCAUCCGCCAGCCCUACAGGGUGAAGGUCAUCGACUUCGGCUCAGCCAGCCACGUCUCCAAGGCCGUGUGCUCCACCUACCUGCAGUCCCGCUACUACAGGGCUCCAGAGAUCAUCCUGGGCCUGCCCUUCUGCGAGGCCAUAGACAUGUGGUCUUUGGGCUGCGUCAUCGCCGAGCUCUUCCUGGGCUGGCCUCUGUAUCCGGGAGCCUCGGAGUACGACCAGAUCCGCUACAUCUCCCAGACCCAAGGACUGCCGGCUGAGUACCUUCUGAGCGCCGGAACCAAGACCAGCCAUUUCUUCAACCGAGGCCCUGCCUCCAGCUACCCUCUCUGGAGGCUGAAGACCCCGUCAGAACAUGAAGCGGAGAUGGGGAUCAAGUCUAAGGAAGCUCGGAAGUACAUUUUCAACUGCCUGGAGGACAUGAUGCAGGUGAACAUGACCAGCCUGGAGGGGACGGACAUGCUGGCGGAGAAGGCGGACCGGCGGGAGUUCAUUGACCUGCUGAAGAGGAUGCUGACCCUGGAUGCGGACAAGCGCAUCACCCCCGUGAAGACCCUGACCCACCCGUUUGUGACCAUGGCUCACCUGCUCCACUUCCCACACAGCUCACAUGUAAAGUCCUGCUUCCAGAACAUGGAGGUUUGCAAGCGGAGGGUUGAUGCUUUUGAGAACGGGAAGAACCUCUUCGCUAGCAAUGCUACGCCCAGCGCCGCCACCAACCUCACGGUCACUUUCAGCAGCCAGCUCAACCAGCACGGCCAGGUUGCCACGGGCGACAGCCAGUCGCUCUCCCAUGGCAGCAACGUGCCACUGCUCAGCUACCAGCCGGCCCUGUACCAGCAGGCCACCAUCAACAUCCCCGGCCUCGCCCAGCAGAGCGUCCCCCUCUCGGUGCGCCCUCCCCAGCUGUGCGCCCAGACGGAGCCCUUCCAGCAGACCCUCAUCGUCUGCCCGCCCACCAUCCAGGGACUUCAGGCCUCCAGCAAGCACUCUGGAUACCCAGUGAGGAUGGACAGCUCUGUGCCCGUGGUCUCGCAGAACCAGUCCUCCCAGUCCGUACAGAUCCAGCCCAGUAUGCUGACACAGCAGACUUGGCCAGCAGGUGCUCAGCAGAUCCUCAUACCCUCCACCUGGCAGCAGAUACCAGGCGUGGCCAUCCACAACCCCGCCCAGCCCAUCGUCACCGAUUCGGCCAUGGGAGCCCUCCACUCUGACGGCUCCGCCCAGCUCCCCAGCUGGAGUGGCAGGGGCUGCCAGGGGGGGCAGUACAGCGGCGGUACCCAGCGGACCUCCACCCUGGCCAGCCAGAGCGCCCUGGCGUCUUCCCAAAUGGCCAACGCGGGCGUAGCGUACACUAGAGCCCAGCAGGGGGCGACAUCGGGAAAGAAGGCCAAGACCCGCCACGCUGACUGCAGAGCCAGGCAUUUGUCUCUGCUUCACACCGCCACCUCCGCAGCCCACCGGAGCCCAGUGCUCAGCUCGCCCGCCUACAAGGCCCAGCUGUCUCAGCCAAUCGUCAUCUCCGACACCCCCAGCCCCGCCGUCAGCAUCAUCACCAUCCGCAGCGACACCGAGGACGAGGACGACAGGAAGUUCCCCCCCGCCAGCAGCUGUGGCGUCGAGCCGCGGGGGAACAUCAUCAGCUGCGUGACCAUCCACGACUCGCAGGACUCAGACUCCUCCUCCAGCAGCCCCCCGAGCCCCAAACGCUCCCGCCUCUCCGCCUCGCCCAAAGCCCUGGACGCCAUCAUGUCCUCCGUGAAGACCCAGCCCAGCGAGAGCUCUGAGCCCAUGGCAACAGGGCAGCUGACCAACAUCUACGCUCUGCCUAAGAAGGGGUCCGUCCAACAGCUCUGCAGCUCGGGGUCGUCCCAUAGCGAUCGGCACCACCAUGCAGCGCAAACCCCGUCCCAGCCCCUCAACCUCAGCCAGGUGCAGCCCUCAGUGGCAUCUGCCUCUAAAGACCGAUCAGGGGGCGGGCCCCUGCGGCAUCAGCGCACGCACCCCUCCACCGCCCCGUACCGUCUGCAGGAGGCCUCGUCCUUUUUCAGCUCCGCUCCCAACCUCUACUCCUACCCCGCCUCCCAGGCCCUGAGCCACACCUCCUCCUCCUCCCAGCACGCGGGCAGCAGGGCCGCCUACUCCUCCCUGGGCCUCCUGCACUCGGACAGCGGCCUGCGUCCGGCGGGGCCCGACCGCAUGCGCUACCAGCACCACUUCCCCGCCCAGCCCUACGGCCGGUCCAGCGGCUGCUACCACUACAGCCCGCGCAAGCUCAGCCAGCACCCGUACCUAUGAGGGGCAGGGAGGGGAAACAACCCCCCCCCCCCCCCCAUCCGCCGGAGACCAAACCUUGGACGCGUGCACGAGAUGCCCAGACGCAUCUGUUUCAAACAAAACAAGCAAGGACUAGGAAUACUCUUUAUUUUAUUUUAUUUUAAUUUCCCAACCGGGAACCGAUAUCAUCAUCAUCAUCAUCAUUUUUAAUGUCACUUUUAAAUUGUUGGUGUUGAAUUCCGUGUCAAGUUAUUUUAACUGGUUUUCGCGAUUGCAUUUUAAGGCUCCUAGACCAGACUGUGGUGUUUUAAAAAAAAACAAAAAAGAAGAAGAAGAAAAAAAAAAAAAAAGACAUCUUAUAACGCAUAACUGACAAACCUUGCUGUUGUUUUUCAUCUGCGGCAGAAAUGCAGUGGUUCUGUUCCGUAUCUACGUGCUUGUUUGUGACGCAAGGGCGACUCCUGACUCCUGAAACGAGUAACUGAAGCACACUAACAUUUUAUGAAGUAAUGAAUAUGUGGACGGCGUAGUGGCAGAGACUUUGCCAGUUUUCCCCUAAUGUUCGACUUCCCUCUUCCCUCUUCCCUCCUGUCUGAAUCGGCUCACGUGAAUGUUACCUGUAUGGUUCUAAGACAUUUUUGCCCAAAAAAAUAUUUUUUGAACAGACAUCCACCAAUUCAGUUGCAGUGGAUUCAGCCCCAUAUGCAGACUGCUGUUUUGUGGGGCUGUGUGGCCCGUUUACAUUCCUAGUGUCGUACUUUCUCUCAUUUGCUAGUUUUCCCUCUUGGACUGGUGUGUUAUGGUCUGUUGUAAGGACAAAAGGCUGCAUUAACAUCAGUUUGAGCCAGCUCACAUUUUCCCAGCGAAGCACCCAUCACCAAAAUAAAACAUGGUUGGUGAUAUUAGCAGGAAAAGAAGGGAAUCCACAUCUUUCACGGAUGUCAUUGCUAUGAAAUUGCAUUAAAAAAAAUUGAUAGAUUUGCAAGAACCACAAAAUAAAAAUGUAAAAAGGAUUAACUGUAAUGAAUGAUACAUGAAAAUAUGUGUUCUUUUACAUGCAUAAAUAGCCUUAUUUGAGAGUGAGUUUGUAAAGUUAUGAACUUAAGAAUGAUACCAAUCUGACACAUGUAAAAUGCUAUUGCAUGUACCAUAUUGUUAAUGGGGUAAUACAGUGUUGAAGGUUGAGGGAAAAAAAAACAAAAAAACAUUUCAUUUAAAUGUUUCCAUGAUUCUCAAAAUUUGAAAUUUGGUAGAAUUUGAUAUUUGCCACAGGCACUUCCAUUUGACACACGCAUAUAUAGUAUAUGAACACCAUGAACAGCGCUAUGAAAUUGUGUUUAUGGCAAAAGUGUGAAAUUGCAUGCUAAAGAUUGAUCUCCCACCACUAUAAUAGUUCAUUUAGCUGUUGAAACCUUUAGUGAUUUUAUUAAUGAGAUACAAAUUUUAGCUAGUAUCAUUUUCAAAUUAGAACAUGGCUCUUGCGUCAUUCUGUGCUAGCCAAUGUUUAAGUAAUAUUUUUAGGGCUGCCUCGACUGGUUGUGUUUAGUAGCUGGAUUUUAGUAGUGAGGGGCUUGUGCUGAGCUUAUAUAGAAUUAAUGUUCAGCUCGCUCUCUCCUGAAUUACAAUAUUGCAAAUAUAUGCAAUAUACCUCCCUCCAUUCUGAAAGAAAUGUAAUCAGGCUUUGGUAUUACAUGUUGCAUGGGUGCUGAUAUAGUGUACUAUGCCUGUACACUACAACUGAUGGUAUGUUUGUGUUAUUUAGUGUGCUAUUGACUCCCAGGAGACAUUGGUUGCCUACUUAACGGCCAGCGUCUGAAGUAGCACGCUACUUGAGGGACAAUGAGCGAUAUAUGUAACAAGACCCAAAAAUCAUGUACUGAAUGGGCAUGGAGGAUUGAUCAGGUUCAAAGUUUGUAACAAUUCCUUUUUCAAAUAACGUCAUGUUCAAACCCAGUACCCAGCAAGCUGAUUCCACUGUUUACAAAGUUUAAUUAUCCUGGCUAAAAGUGAGAUUUGUCUGAAGGAAGAAUUGUUGUAAUUCAAGGUGAGUGUGAAGCAGUGCAGGUCGAACUUUUACAGAACGCAUUGCAGCUUUUACAUCACAGACCGCAAACCCAGCUGGCAACAGGAUGUACUCAGGAAUUACAGUCAAUCACCAAUGCCAAUAUUCUCUAGAAAGUAAAUUUCUGUGGUGACCACACAAAACCCUUUUCACCAUCUUUAAAUGUGAUAUGAAAUAAUCUCCCUGUUGGCUGGAGUUUUGGGUGGAAAUGGCAAUGCAGAGACCGGAGGUGUAUAGGAGUCUGUGGAGUGUACAUAUGACUUGGACUGGGUAGUUCACACUGAAAAUGUACGCAUUACUUGGAUAUUAGGGCAUCCGGAGCAUUCGCAUUUUGUGUAAAUUGCUCUGUGGGCUUAUUUUGCAUAGAACCACCACAUUAUUAGCGUGUAUAUCUGAUUAUGAUGAAUGUGGAUUGGCCUUUUUUAAGGUUUACAAAACCUUAGUGAAGUAGUAAUUCAUGCAAACCCUUGACGGUGUGACAAGAAACUUUACACAGAAUUCACAUUCAGAAAAAAUUACUUCUCAUGCAAGUAUCAAUAACGGUGUGCAUUAUUAUUUGUGAGAAUUAAAAAAAUGGUUGAAGUAAAUAUGUAACCAUAUUUUAAUGCUUAAAGGAAUUCUUUUAAACCAUAUUUCUCUUCUGACAUUGGAUACUGCAUAUCGUCGAUAUUGGUGCAUUACUGUACAUGUUAUGCAUAAUAAACUGUAUGAACAGUGUGUAAUUACCUGCCAUUUCUUAUUUUAUUAUGCAGUGUAUCUAUACAGUUGCAGUUCCAUUGAGCACAAUUGGGAGCACUGUAAAUGCCAGUUUUGGCCGCUCAAACAAGAUUGUAUAUUAAAUACACUAUUUUCUUGAGUAUUAUUACUUUAAAAAAGUUGGAAACUACAUUUGCAUUUUAUCCUUAAAUGUCAACUAUAUCAUAUGUGUUUUUUUAUUGUACUGUAGGGAAAGGAUGAUGUCAGCAUAAACCCAAUAAAAUGGUUUGCACCGAAGUUAACCUUUUUUUCUUUGGUGGUGUCCCCCUGCGCAGAGUAUGGGGGUCAGAGAUGGUGUUUUGUCAUGUCAUAAAAAGAAUACAGCCUAACCAGAAUGUUGAGAAAGCAAUGUCUACAGUAUACAGAAUGUUGUUUCUUCUGUUAAAUUUGGUAGAGCUUCAGAAAGGAGCCAUAUUGUCUGUCUGAGCGUGUGUCUGAAGAUCAACGAAGACGUGGAGUGUGUGUGAGGCUGAUAAGAUGUUGUUGUAGGAGGAUCAUUUCAGGCCUCAGUACGGUCAUGUGGGCAGCAAAUCCCUUUGAUUACUGUGCCCUUUUCUGUGUGGUUUGUACAGUAAUUUCCCCCCAGAGUUCAUAGCCUGACUGAACGCUCCAUUUACCAGCAUUUGCUUUCUUUACCAUCCGCAACGCAUUUUGUAAUUCCCUGAAGUACUUUUCCUAGUGCUGUCAAAUAAUAUAAUCUGUCAACACAUCAGUUAUCCAUUACAAUUUAAAAUGGAAAAUAGUUUCCUGAUUAAAGUGUAGUUUUGAGUUUGAGUUUUUACAUGUAGAAUGUAAGAUGUGACCUGAGCUCAAGUGCUCUGUGCAAAACAAAUCAACACCUUGACAUACCUGUGCUACUGCUUGGUGUGACCUGAAGUUUUCACUUGCUGCUUUUGUCAGUUCCUUCCAUUCAGUGAUACUUACAAUAUAUCGUUGUUGUGGGUUUUGAUAUUUAUGAAGUCAUAUGAAAUUACUUCCACAAAUAAACCUUUGGUUGAUCUAC